AUGGCGCCCUGGUUCACGGCAUACAGGGAUGAAUUCUUGAGGCUGCUGAGAUUUGAGGGGCACGAGACGGUGGACCAUCCCAUGGGGUGUUUGUUCAUAGCAUCCUCAGAGGCACCAGAUCCAUUGAAAGCCUUUGAUGAUCUCAUACAGUCGGCUCCCUGGCCCCCCCUGAUGCUACAAGAGUAUAUGUUUCCAGUCCAGGACGACGAUUUUCCAAAGGCCUAUGUGCUGUUGCACGAUGGCAGCAAGGGGGGCCAGCAGGGAUUGGAGGUGGCAAGGGAGAAGCUGAAGCUGCUACAGCGCACAUACAGCGCAGGGAGCUGCACGCUGCUGAUCAUCAACACAAGUGGGGGCCGUUCUGAAUUGGUUGGGUCCCCGCCGGUGCCCUAUGAAUCCUUCUGGAAGCCAAGAGUACCGGGGGCGGGGGUGGCAGGACUGGAAGGCGUGCCAGCCGUGCCUGACAUAGGCCUGGGUCGUUGGAUGUCAAAGACAGACACCCAUGGGCUGAAGGAUUUUGUGGAGAAAUAUGUUUCCCGGUCUCUAUUGCCCAAACUGGACCUGCGGAUAGGCAAGCUCAGUUCAGCCCUACUUGUGAAGAAGAAAUCCUUGGCGGGUAGGCUGCUGGACAAGACCUCAUCAUACCUUAAGAAUCUGACACCUUCCAAAGACUUGACAACUUCCACUGGGUUCAGGUACUACACCCCAGAGUCUCAGGCCAGGCAGCUGGGAGACAUCCUAUUUCUGCUGCAUCGAUACGAAGAUGCUCAGGAGGCCUACACCUCAGUAACAGUUUCCAAAGAGCACUAUCCAAGAAUGUAUGCUGGACUUCAUGAAUUCCAAGGCCUUUGUCAGGUGAUGGCUACAGGUUAUGGGGACCCUAAUGUGCACUUCUCAAAGGCAUACGAGUACUACAUGAAGGUUCCUGGCAAGACUGGGCGACAAUUGGGUUUGCGGACAGCGAUCAUUCACGCUGCCUUUUGCCAGCAUUCAUCGAACUACACUGCAGCAAAUCAAGUUCUUCAACGAGCCUUUGAGAAUGAAAAGCACCUGAGGGGUGCUUUGCUGCUUGAGCAGGCUGCGCUGAUGUUGUUCCUGCCAAAGCCACCACAGCUACGCAAGUUUGCCUUUCAGAUGGCACUUGCUGGCCUUUGGUACUACACUGACCUCUUCAAGGGGCUUGCAAUGCACUGUUAUGAGUCAGUGUACACCCAGUAUGGUGGGCGUCGAUGGGAGGUCAUUGAGGAGCAUAUUGGGGAAAUGAUGCUGACGUUUGCAACAGAAAAAGGUCAAACUGAGCUGGCAGUCGAAUGGGUGAAUCGGUUACUUUCAUUGGAGCGCCAGUCAUCGCCUGUGGAACAAGACAAGCACCUGAGAAUGCUGUGUGAUAUGCUGUCCAAAUUGGAGGUAAAAGGGAACAACAUGGUCCUGGAAAUGGCUGUGCCAGCAAUCGACAUAGUGGACAUUGAAGUGGCUGGUGAAAAGGCUAUGGGGAACUCACUUGCCAAAGAGGUUGGCGGUGAGGCCUGGCGGCCACUGGAGAAUAGCUUCAGGGACCCACAGUCUACAAGUUAUGCAACAGGCCUGGGCAGCCUGCCCGAUACCCCUGACGAAGACUUCCACACAGCAGUGUGCGGGGAGCCAAUCAGCUUGCUGUGCAAGUUUAGCAAUCCCCUGAAAGUUGAGCUUACACUGGAGGAUGUCCGGCUGCUGUUUGAUGAGUCACCAGCCAACAAUGAUGACGCGGGUGAGCAUGGCGACACUGCUGUGUUCAAGCAGAAGGUUGUACUUCAUGGGGGCGAGUCAACCUUUGCUAGGCUCACCGUGGUGCCACACACUGUGGGUAAUAUGCGCGUGAGGGGAGUGUCUUGGAGGCUGAGGGGUGUCAUAUCUGGGAAGAAGGUGUUCAACAGUGAUCUUUCUAAGAACAGCGUUCUGCCCUUGCGAGCAAAGGGUUACCAUCCAUGGCUUACAUUCUACAUAGUCCGACCGCUGCCCCUCCUGGAGCCAGUUUCGAUGCCAUGGCCAGAGGAGCUGUGGGUUGGAGAGGUGUGGCAAGCGGACUGGAAGCUGCGCAGCAGUGGUGGCGUCCCUCUGCAAGAUGUGCAGCUGGCUGUCAGCUAUCCUGACUUGUUGGCUUGCAGACCCGUCGGCAUGGCUGCCCAACUUGACGUCGAUGGAAAUGGCUGCACCGAUGGCAAUGUUCCAGCAGAGCACAGACGAAAUGGCGAUAACUGCGUCUUUGACUUGGAGAUGCCCAACCCAUUGCUCCCUGGGGAGCAGCUGUGCACAUCGUUGUGGAUCUGUCCCUCACAGCCAGGUGACUUCACAGUGCAUUGCAUGUUUCAGUAUGAGGGCACUGACAGGAACAUUCCACUUCAGAGACGCGUGCUGUGCAUGAGCUUCUUGCUGCAUGUGCAGCCCAUUGUCGCCAUCACACACCAGGUGACACGGGACCCAUACAGGCCAUCCUGCAUCUUCAGCAUCUCGCUCAGGAACCAACAUCCCGACGAGCACUUGGCAGUGGAGGAGAUCACAUGCAAGGGGGGAGAUUGGGGCAUCCAAACAAUGUCAGGGCCAUCCAACAGGGUGGAUUUAAGCCACAGGAGGAGCAUUGCAAUGGACCUUCCUCCACAUCAGCAGGUGGAGCAGCAUUUCCUUGUGCAGUCAGCACAGUCAGACAGGACUGGAGUGGAUGCUUGGUCAGAAGAGGCACAACGGCAGGGGAGCCCAGUUGGCUGCUCGACCUGUGGCGCUUUGGAGCAUCUGCAACAAAGGCAGUGGGCGAUGUCGUGCGAGUGGUCGCUUGCUGCCAGACCCCCCAUGUCGUGUGACACCCUCAGACUGUGCCUAAAGUGGCAUGAGUGUGUGCCCCAAAGGCGCAACAUGGCGGGUCUCGUGAAGCCACGAUGGGGCAUGCACUGCUUCACAUAUUGUUAUGACAGGUUUGCCAACCCUGUGUGCCUGGUGGCCAAGGGUGUCUUCAGUGUCACACAUGACUUCGGGCAGCAGCCCACGUGUGUUGUCCCUGUGGCCGUCUAUGUGAGGAACUGCUCCACGACCACAACGUCUGUGUGUGUCGAGGCAGGAAGGCAGUGGGAGCGAAACAGGGAGAGAAACACCUGGAUGGCGAGUGCACUCCCAACUGGUGGAGCUGAGGGAGGUGCUUCCAAUCCAGACAGUGCACCAGGUGGUGAACGCACACCUGCAGGUCUCCCAGCCAGCCGGUCAGCAUUGUGGUGUGGUCAGACACAAGUGAGUGUGCCCCAGGUGGAGGCAGGAGAGGAGAUAAAGGUGGGGCUGUGGGUGGCAAUUUCGCAUCCUGGGGUAUAUGAGAUGACAGACUACUCGUGCUCAUGGAGUUUGGAAGAAUCCACGCCUGUGCAUGGUAGCACAGAUGGGCCGCCUCUGCUGCUCACGGUGAUGGAUAGGCAGGCUACGAAUUUGUGA